GAAUUUUGCCGGCACGAGUGAGAAACAGCUUCCCAUAAACACAGCUCAGUCUCAGAAGAUUUACAAUGACCCAACAAAUGGAGGAUUUGGGAGAAAUCCGAGUGUGAAAACUGUGGAUGGUUCUGUCAGCGAGCCGUGCAGAGUUUAAAGCAGCAGUGUUGGAUCCAGGUGAAGGUGAUGGCUCCCUCUCUGCUGCUCUCACUGAACCUGAGCAGGAAGCACAGCCUUCUCCCUCUCCUCUCCUACUGAUGAAGCCCAUGAUGGAGCUGCGACACAGGGCAGAGGUUUAUGGUCAAAUCUCACACUCACCACUGUGUCUGCUGCAGGAGAACCAGAGUGGCACUCACCUGUUGUUCCAGAUGGAGAGGAGGUGUCGUUUAAUCCUUCAAUCCUCAGCCUGUCUUCCACACUUACUAACCAUCAUUAUCACUUUCUUCUUGUUCUUUCAGGCCAAAGAGCUGCAGACUCUUCACAACCUCCGCAAACUCUUCGUUCUGGACCUCACCACACGGGUUAAGAAGAGUGCAGAGAUGGACUGUGAGGAAGGGCUUGGCAACAUCGCCCAGAAACAGAAGAUCUCAUUCCUGGAGAAUAACUUGGAGCAGCUCACAAAAGUCCACAAGCAGGGUCCGAGUUGCAACAUGGCCCGAGUUUCAUACCUACCCCACAAUCAACCUUCCCUGGGCAGUACCGGGUGGGUGCUGGGUCCAGUCGCAAAUUUUUUGAUAUGUGUUUUAUGA